UUCAAAAAGUCACGGAGGCGUAGCGGGCCGCGGUUUUGGCCAGCGAGGGAGAGACUUUUUGAGCGGCGUGAGAGGCUUUUGGAGAGCAGACUGAGGAGGAGGAGGGCAAAGCAACUUCGCUCUGUGAGGGGGGAAUAAAAAAUGGCGGCCGAGGACGCCCCGCUGCCGUUGUUACAACUGCCGCCGUCGCCCCCCAACGAAGAGAGACUGAGGGAAAGCCGGGAGGAGGGAGAAGAUAAGGAGGCCGCGGAAGAGCGGAAUGGGAUGGAUGUCCCCAAGGAACCUGAUAGCCCCGGGCAAGAUAGAGGAAUCAUUAAUGAAGAUAUAAAUGCCAAAAUGAAAAAAUCAGAGCAAAAUUCCAUUGAAGAUCUUAACAGUAAUCUGCUAGAUGCAUCAACUAAAACUCCACAAGAGAAACAUAUUUCAAUUCACCGGACACUUGAUGAUUUAGAAAAACUGGCUGAUUUACAGGAAGGCUGCCUAAUUUCCUCUGAUUCCAAGAGUGAAGACCAACAACUGGCAGCUGACAAGAGGUCCUGCCCAUUAUGUCCUGAAGAGAGAUUCAAAGCUUGCAAUAGUCACAAACUCCGUCGCCACCUUCAGAACCUUCAUUGGAAAGUAUCUGUUGAAUUUGAAGGCUACAGAAUGUGCAUCUGUGACUUGCCAUGCCGGCCUGUGAAACCAAAUGUUGUAGGAGACCAGAUAUCCAUAAAAAUGGGGUCGCAUUAUCACUGUAUUAUCUGUUCAGCAACAAUCAGCCGAAGAAGUGACAUGGUAGGACAUAUUAAACGACAUGUAAAUAAAGGAGAAACUGAAUCAAGGUUUACUUCAACCCUUGCUCCUAAAUAUGAAGUAUUGAAGGAAGCGGACACAGAUGUGCAAGUCCUUCCUAACUAUUCAACCCCUCAGAAAACUGAUUCCUAUUUUAACCCCAAAAUGAAACUUGGCAG